AUGCAUGGCACCUCCGUGGAGCAGUUGGCCUUCCUCUGCUACUGGUGGUGGGUCCCCUCCAGACAUGGCACCUCCGUGGAGCAGUUGGUCUUCCUGUGUUACUGGUGGCUGCUGCCCGAGUCCCCGCGCUGGCUGCUGGCGGUGGGCAGGACGCGGGAGGCGGCGCGCGUGCUGGAGGCGGCGGCCAGGCGCAACCGCCUGCCCCUCCCCGCCCCCGGCGCGGACGGCCCGCCCCCAUCCUCCCGCCCCAACCAGGCCGGCUUCCGCAACCUCGUGAGCACCCCCAACCUGCGCCGCAACAGCAUCUGCCUCUUCUGCUGCUGGUUCCUGGCGGGCCUCAACUUCUUCGGCCUGUCGCAGGUCAUGGGCCGCUUAGGCGACGACAUCUUCGUCACCGUCACCCUGUCAGGAGUAAUUGGACUACCUGGCAUUCUACUUUCACUGUACUUCGUGAGGUUCGGUAGGAGAAGAGCGAUCAUAAUCUCGCAGUUAACAGCGGGUAUCGCGUGUCUUCUGGUGACAAUUGUUCCUAAAGGAGAGUUCCGCGGCGACUGGCCGCUGGUCGCGCUGUCGGCGCUGGCUCUGACCAGCAUGUCGGUGCUGUUCCCCGCCGUGUACCUGCUGUCGGGAGAGCUGUUCCCCACCGUGGUGCGCAACGCCGGCAUGGGCGCCGCCUCCAUGUUCAGCCGGCUGGGCAGCGUGCUGGCGCCCUUCGUCAAGUCUCUGGGCGCCCACGGAGACUACCUGCCCAUGCUGGUGCUAGGGGUGUCCAUGCUGGCGGGCGCCGCCACGGUGCUGCCGCUGCCCGAGACGCAGGGCUGCCAACUGCCCGACUCCAUUCAGGACGGCGAGAAGGUUGGCAAGAGGAACGAGGACGACGAGAGGAACGCUAACUACCUGCCCCUGGCGGCGGGGCCGCCCCCGGCGGCGGGGGACUGCUGACUGUCCGCCCCCACCACAGCUGGCUGCUGUCUCGCCACACUCGCUGCCAGUCAUCCAGGGACCUCCGUCAAUCUACGGCUAUCUUCGUGACAUUACGGACGCUGUGUUCACUUAUCUUGGUGUAUCAACAGAACAUUCGAAAACUGGUCAAGUGUACAUUAAGAAAUUAUUAUUUUUUGUCCACCUUUGUUCACGAAAAAAAAAAAACCAUACAACUCGGAAGUUGAAAACCAGUGUAGUUUCUACGAAUAUUUCAAAUUACGAAGAUCUUUUAGUUUAUUUAAUGUGACUUCUUCGUUGAAAAGUCAGGAAAUUUACUGUGAUUUUUAACAGUGUUGAAUUACUGAGUGAAGGAGUUGGUGAUUGCGCAAUUAUCCCCAUGUUAAUACUCGAAUUCAAGUCAAAAUGAGAACGCCCCCUUUCCUAGGUGGAUAGAAAUUUUUAAUUUUUAAUUUUGAUUGUAACGAAGUUGAACCCAAUUCCUUGCCGAUGUGCAAAGAUAUGUUUUUUUUUUCGCGAAAAAAAAAAUUCUGAUGGCUCAUUUAACUUCAAUAAAUGUAUGCAUGUGCUAGCGAUUGUUCUCUCGUAAUUGGCAGCUGUCUGCAAUUUGUAAACAUUCCGUUCAGUAGUCUACAGAAGUCGCUCGUAACGAGGACUGGAGUGUUCUCAUCGGAAAAGAAACUGUCAAAUGAGUUCGUUCUCUGAGAUGAUAUAACCUGGAACGCGUGAAGUUUCCCUUCGCUCGUGUUUGAGUACUUGUUCCUCCGACACAUCAAAAGUGCUGUAAGUGACAAUCUGCAUCAAAAACCUUAGUUUAUAUUUUGUAAAAAAAAAUAAUGUUUUUUUAUUUCUUUUUGAAAUAAAACUGAAUAAUUAUG